ACUGUGGUCUUACCUGCCACUAGCAGGGUUACUCCAGGCUGUCCAGGAGGCUUCUCCACUGGGUGGUUGGUGAUAAAAUAGAAGACGUAUGUCCCACUAUCAGACCUCCUCAGAUCAGAGAUCCUCAGGGAGCAGUUCCUGGUUCCUUCCUUCCCCAGGUACUCCACUCUGCCCUGGGAGGUUGGCUCAGGGAAGAUGCCCUGGCUAUGGUACACGUACCUGGGGGUGAUGCAGCGGCUCUGGUCCCGGCACCACAUCUCAGACAGCACCCUGUAGGGCUGAGGGUAGUCGUAGGAGCAGGGGAGGACCACAGACGAGCCGGCCACGGCACACAGGGGAGCAGAGGGGACACGCACAGCCCAGUCACUACAGAGGACACCCACACAGCAGCCUGGGAUACAAGGAAUGAAUGAAUAUGAUUUACAAUACAAUACUUGAUAUGUCUAUUCACAUACCAUGCUAAAAGUGUGCUGCGUAUGAUAAUGAUGAAUAUGAUGUCAGUCUUACCUUGCAGGAUAAGUGAGAGCAGCCUCAUCCAACCAGUCUGGAAGACUCCCAAAGCCAUCUCUGACGCUCCCCCACUCACUGUCCUUCUUUACAUUAGCAGCGAAGACCUCGACAGUGUCUGUCUUUCUGUCUGUCACUCACUUCUCUUUUUCCUAACUAGGAACUGGUCAAGGAUAUUGAGAAACAAAAAUAGACGUGUAGAAAAGCAUUGACAUUAUAAGCCUGCAACAAAAAGUCAAGGCACUGUUGCCGGCUUAUAAUGUCACUGUCUCUAAACAAGCCAGAGCUUGUUUUUGGUCCUGUCUAUUUAGACCUUGUUCACAAUGAGCAUCCAUUAUAGGCAGAUCUAUGCCUACAGACCUGUCUAGUUCCAGUCUUAUCCCAGCCCCAUGUUUACACCCUAUUGUUUAGACAUUAAUGUUUCACUGUCCUGCACUGUCCAUUAAGCUCCUGUGGCAUGGUGUAAGCCUCGGACUGGCCUACCCAUGCCUCAACUUCAAUGGGGUGGCAGGGUAGCCUAGUGGUUAGAGCGUUGGACUAGUAACCGGAAGGUUGUGAGUUCAAACCCCCGAGCUGACAAGGUACAAAUCUGUCGUUCUGCCCCUGAACAGGCAGUUAACCCACUGUUCCCAGGCCGUCAUUGAAAAUAAGAAUGUGUUCUUAACUGACUUGCCUGGUUAAAUAAAGGUACAAAAAAAAAUAUAUAUAUAUAAAAAAUGCACUUUGGUCUAUCGCCUUGAACAUUAGCUAAACUUAACACAUACAUGUGAAACUAGGAAACGGUAAAUCAAUUGAAGGGGUUGUUAACAGUUACACUUGACUAACCAUGGUCAUUAAAAACAAAAGGGCUUUAAGCCUGUGCUCUGCUCUGCAGGUGCCAUUUGACCGAUAUCUCAUGACGUCACCUGUGUGCUACCUUGACCGUUUCUAAAAGGCAAUGAGCGCAGAACAAGCCGAACUGCUGAGCUGUCUUGUUUUUACCGGAAAAACAACUGUGUAAAUACGUUGGCAUACAACCACUUGUCGAAGUAUUGGGAAUAUCCAUGGUGGAGUUUACAGCCUAUUCAUACUUCUACCCCGGAGGGAACAGCGAGCCUCGAGAGUAAUCGCCGAGAUUGUAACUUCAUUUUUUCACGCUUGACUUGACAAGCAGUCAUACACCUGUUGCAAAAGAGAGGCUGGGAAUAAGACUGGGUGGCAAAUUGACCAUCACAGGAGCUGUGAAGCAGGGCCACUCUGAACUUCAGCUAACUCUUUUCAUUUUCAACUUUUGAGCAAGAAAAAAUGACUGAGAAAAAGAACGGAAGUGCGGGGGUGACCUUCCUGACCCCAUGUCGUGUGGCAGGCGUGUGUCUGACCGUGGUGCUACUGGGGGGGAUUGGAGCUGCUGUCUGGGCUGUAGUAACAUUUUGUAUCAGAGAAGAAGACACAGGAUUAUAUGAUGUCCAGGUGAACUCCAAUCCAAGCUCGGACCUACGUCUCCGGGUGUUUGACUCGGCCGAGCGACGGUGGAGACACCUCUGUUCCUCAGAGGCCAACCAGCUCCUGGCCAACAUCAGCUGUGAGGAGAUGGGCUUUGUCAGCGUGGUGAAUUACUCCGUGUCCAGUAUCCCUGAAGGCAGUAACGACCGUGAGGAGUUCUUCUGUGUCAAUGAGAAGGAGCUGACCUAUGGCAAGAAGAUCAAAGAGUCUCUAUAUCCAUGUGACUGUGAAACUGGCCAGGUUCUAAGUCUGCUUUGUCAAGACUGUGGCAGGCGUAGUCUGACAGAGGACCGUAUAGUGGGUGGUGUAGAUGCUAGGCAGGGUAGCUGGCCAUGGCAGGUCAGUUUGCAGUAUGACGGGGUGCACCAGUGUGGAGGCUCCAUCAUCUCAGACCGCUGGAUCGUCAGCGCAGCCCACUGCUUCCCAGAGAGGAACCGACAGGUGUCUCGAUGGAGGGUGUUACUGGGCUCCAUCUACAACAAGCUCACCCAUAAGAAUGUUAGAGUUCUUGAGGUAAAGACUGUGGUGUAUCACAGCAGCUACCUGCCCUUUGUAGACCCCAACAUAGACGACAACAGCAGAGACAUCGCUGUCCUGGCUCUGGCCCAGCCUCUGCACUUUACAGACUACAUCCAGCCGGUGUGCUUACCCCACUACGGCCAGCGCCUGAUUGACGGCCAGAUGGGGACAGUGACAGGCUGGGGAAAUGUAGGUUACUAUGGGACUCUUGCUGACGUUCUUCAGGAGGCUAACGUGCCAAUCAUCAACGACGCUGUCUGUAACGCCCCUGAUUACUAUGACAACCAGAUCACCACCAGCAUGUUCUGUGCUGGCUUUGAGAAGGGUGGUACCGAUGCCUGUCAGGGGGACAGCGGGGGCCCGUUUGUGGCUGAGGACUCCCUGUCCAAGGCCAGCCGCUACCGCCUGCUGGGGGUGGUGAGCUGGGGAACAGGCUGUGCCAUGGCCAAGAAGCCUGGCGUCUACACCAGAGUGUCCCGCUUCCUACCCUGGAUCUCCUCAGCCAUGAGGACGUAUCACAAUUCACCAGGAGUGCACAAAAUGGCGCGUACAUGGGAGCACUGACCUUUAAGGGAUCCGAAAUGACCAAAUUAUUAUCCAUUCAGACUUACUGCACUUCACCUGUCCAAAAAACCCAUCCUUUAGGGGAACCUUGUGCAGAAAUUGGAUGUAUAGGUACAUUCAACUAGAUUAUCUGAGGAAAGCCUUGAAGUGGUAGCUUGACCAAAGAAUUAUCAACAUGUUUAUGGUGAAAUGAGAAAGCAUCAAAUGAAAAGACUUAUGGGACUUGCAUGACAAAGUCAUAGAAAAUCACCACUCUGCCAGCCAAUGUGCAGGUUGUACUGUCAUGGGGAUUAUUUGUAAUGUCAUCAAAGGGUUCAUUUUUGUAUUCAGGGUUUCCUUACAGUUUGACUCUUUUCAGGUGCAACAAACGUAUGAUACACAUCAAGUCUGUGUAUCAAAAUGUAACGCUCAAACAGAUGUUAAAUAACAUUCUGGAUAGUUUUGCCAUGAAGUUUCUCCUUUAUAUGAUUCCCUUGAACAAAUAAUGCCAAAGUUACUGAAGAGAUUUUAACAUAGACAACAUGUAGCUGAAAUUCCAUGAUACCUAAAAUGUUUGUAACAAAUAAAACAUUGGUGUCAGAUAUUCAGCUCUUGAGUUGUCUCUCUAUCCUUUGUUUGUAUCACAGAUUGCAGUUCAGAGUGACUGUUACGCCCUGUAAUGACACAUGUUUCUUAGUUUUGUUUUUGGUGGGGACAUGAAUUUAGGGACAAGUAAACAGGUGAAAUGUAAAGGAUAUUUCUAUAACAUGUAUAGAUUAGAAAUUAGAACGUAUGAGAUAUUCAUAGUUAAAUCAGAGUUUCAUUUGUUUGGCUUUAUUGUAAAUAUUAGUAACAGAUUUUUUGAAAAUGGAUGUUUAUUUGUAAGUGAUCCAUGGAUUUCAAUCACAAAUGUGCAAUAACAACCAGAAUGAUGUUCUUAUUAACCAUUUCUGCUUCAUAAGUUACUAAGGAAUUACGGUUAGCAACACCAAGUCAUAUUACAUAUUCAUCACAAAAUGAUGCACUACACUACAGAGAUCAUACUCAGCUGUGUGUUGUCAGUUAAGGGCCUAUUACCUGCUGAGAACCACAACUACCUUAUUGGUAGAUAAUUAGCUACAGCUGUAGUUUAUUGUGAUGUAGAUUAUCAAGCUUAUUUGAUGGUCUUUAUGCUUUCAUUUCCUUGUUUUAUAUUGUUUGAAGUCUAGUCUAUAUGCAGAUGACUUCAACAGAUGUGAAUGUAUAUAUAUUUUCUGUGAAGAAAUUAUGAAAUUCUUAGUAAGAAUGUUAUUGUUACUGAUUUAAACUCUGUUCCUUCUGUAAAUGUAAAUUGUUCUAUUGAAUAUUGUAUUGAAAUAAAGAUUUAAUUUAACAAA